AUGAGAUGGUUGCUUUUUUCCACCGCUAACAUUACCUGCCUAUUCUUCUGUGUUUCAGCUUGUUUCAUCCACCUUGUCCAAAUGGAGUGCGUUAUCGGUUUAAGGACGGACAAUUUUUGCAUUGUUGCUGCUGACACCCGGGCUUCUCGCUCAAUUUGUACAAUGAAACACGACGAGGAAAAGAUGUUCAAAUUUAGCACCCGUAUUCUGGCGGCUGUAUGCGGUGAGGCCGGAGAUACGAAUCAAUUCUCAGAGUUUAUUCAACAGAACAUGCAGCUAUACGAAAUACGAAAUGGAUAUGAGCUUACUCCAUUCGGGGCUGCUAACUUUACUCGUGGAAAUUUAGCCAAAGCGCUCAGGAGCCAGGUUUGCGAAUUGCUCUAUAUUUCUCACAUUUUCUGUCUCUCACUGUUGUACGAUCUCAUUAUUUAUCUUUUUCAGGUUCCGUUCGCUGUUCAUGGCUAUGGAAGCUACAUGUCUUUGAGUGUCUUAGAUCGUAAUUACCGUCCGAACAUGUCUGUGGAUGAAGCGGUCUAUCUUGUCCGUCAGUGCGUACAGGAAAUUCAGAAAAGAUUCGUCGUCAAUCUGGAUCGGUAUUGUGUCCGAAUGGUGAACAAAGAUGGAAUCACCGUGCUCCCCGACCUUGUGAAUUUCGCCAGUCCGGCUUGA